UAAUAAGUGUAGGAAUAUCCUCAGUCUUUGAAAUAACUCUGACAAAGAACUAGCUGGGAAAAAAAGUCUGUAUUCAUGUUCAACAAGCUAUUUUUAGUGGGCCUUGCCCUUUACAUUUCCAAGGCUAUAGAAUUGAAAAUACUCGGGAUAAUUUUGCCAUCUUUUCUGACGGAUUACUAUACAUUGGGAGCGUAUAUUCUUAUGUAUUUAGUUGUUGCCAGGAUUCAGCUGGAUUUUGCUAUUAAGUAUUUUGUGAAAGAGAAGGUCCCGCCUGAGAACCGAUCAGUACUUAUUACAGGGUGUGACAGUGGAUUUGGUCAUCUGCUGGCUAAACGCUUAGAUUCGAUAGGUUUUCAUGUAUUUGCCAGUUGUCUUUUCCCAGAGGGAAAAGGUGCUUGUGACUUGAAGAAACAAUGUUCUAAACGCCUACAAGUAUUGGGACUCAACGUAAAAGAAGAUGACAGUGUUAAAAGUGCCUUUAAGUUCGUGAAAGAAAAUCUUGGAACAUCAGAGUUUUGGGCUCUUGUAAACAAUGCUGGUAUCUUAAAAGGAAUAGACGUUGAACUUACAAAAAUGAAAGAUUUUAGGGAGAAUUUUGAAGUCAAUGUCUUUGGACCAGUAAGAACAACGAAAGCCUUUUUACCUUUAUUGAGGCAAUCUAGAGGAAGAGUCAUCAAUGUUACCAGUCGAGGAGGACGAUUGUCAUUCCCGUUUAUGACUCCAUAUCUCAUGAGUAAAUUUGCUGCAGUUGGCUUUACGGAAUGUCUGAAGCAAGAAAUGGAUGUGUGGGGUGUAAAAGUUAUUGCUGUGGAACCGGAUAUGUUUUCAACCGGGUUGAUUGCCAGAGACAAUGUGAUGAAAACGAUAGACGAGUCAUUCAGUUCUUCGGAUGACGAAGUAAAGGAGGAUUAUGGAGAAAAAUAUAUUAAAGAAUUUGAGCAGUUAAUAGAGUUUACGCUCCGUUUGGGUUCGUCAAAUACUUCUGCAGUUGUUGAUGCAUUGGAAGACGCAGUUAGUUUGACGCAUCCAUGCUCAGUGUAUAAACCGUGUCGAAACAUUUUUGUUGAAAUGUUGUACUAUGUACUCGAGCGAAUACCGAGACCAGUUGUUGAUCUGUUCAUAAAAAUCGCUCUCGUUGUGUUGAAGUUCCCAAAGCCAAAAGCAGUAGAAAUCAAUUCACAGCUACCAUUCAGUGAGACUUGUGAGAAACAUAACUGUAAAUCGAAGUCAUCUUAAGAAAAAUGAACA